AUGAGAGAAAGGAUAGAAGGAGGACAAGAGGAGGCGGCACAGGAAGGUGAUGUCAUCAUCACCCGUGUGUUUGUUCGUCAGACGAAGCCAGAAGAGAUUUCUCUGUCUGAGGCGAAACACGGACAGAGAGUCCAAGCGGGUCGCAGCAUGUCGGGUGGGUUUGGAGACGCCGCCACUCCCCCGGGGCAGACUGCUGCAGACAUGCCAGCUUACUGUAGGUCCAGCUUGAGUUGGGCUUAUGUCAGGCAUAGGUACAGAAUCUCUGUCCCCUUUAUGAGGACUGAGCAGAGAGUGUGCCAGUUUGCAAUCAGAGCUCAGGUCCUGCUUGGAUUUGCUUUGGAUCAGUCUCUGGACGGGUUUGUAUUUGCACUAAACAAGGAGGGACGCUUCCUCUACAUCUCUGAGACGGUCUCCAUCUACCUGGGACUGUCACAGGUGGAGCUGACUGGCAGCAGUGCGUUUGACUACAUCCACCCUGGUGAUCACGUGGAGAUGGCAGAGCAGCUCGGCAUGAAGCUUCCUCCCGGCAGAGGCAUGUCUCUGUCCCAGGGAGCCGUCAACGAAGACGGGGCGUCCUCGGCUUCGUCGUCGUCUCACUCUGAGACGCCCGAACCAGUGGAGUCCAGCAGUCCCAGUCUUCUGGCUCCUGAUAACAGUCUGGAACGAUCCUUCUUCAUCCGGAUGAAGUCCACGCUCACAAAGAGAGGAGUGCACAUCAAGUCCUCAGGAUAUAAAGUGAUCCACGUCACGGGGCGUCUGCGCAUCAGGAUGGCUUUGACACACAGUCGCUCGGCACCCAAUCAGAUCAUGGGGAUGGUGGUGGUGGCUCACGCACUCCCGCCGCCCACAAUCAACGAGGUGCGCAUCGACUGUCAAAUGUUCGUCACGCGAGUCAACAUGGACCUCAAGAUCAUCUACUGCGAGAACAGGAUCAAUGACUACAUGGACCUGACUCCGGUGGACAUUGUCGGGAAGAGGUGCUACCAGUUCAUUCAUGCUGAAGACGUGGAGGGAAUCAGACAGUGUCACCUGGACUUGAUGAAUAAGGGUCAGUGUGUGACAAAGUACUACCGGUGGAUCCAGAAGAACGGGGGUUACAUCUGGAUCCAGUCCAGCGCCACCAUCGCCAUCAACGCCAAGAACGCCAAUGAGAAGAACGUCAUCUGGGUCAACUACGUCCUCAGUAAUCCAGAGUAUAAAGACACGCCCAUGGACAUCGCCCAGCUGCCCAACCUGCCCGAGAAAACAUCUGAGUCCUCCGAGACCUCCGACUCUGAGUCAGAGUCCAAAGAAAACUCUGACAAUGAGAACGCCAAGUCCGAGGGAAAGUCGGGCCACCAAUCAGAACGCAGCGAGGAUCCGGAGACAGACAGCAAGCGUCAGCAGCAACCGGGCCAACCACAUUGCUCCUCCGAACAGGAAAUGAAGCGCCAGGAAGAAGGAGACAGUUCGAGUAACCCCGAGAGCCAGGACAGUGACGACAGUCUGGAACCUUCAGAUGGAGAGGGAGAAGAACAGGAGGAGGCAACGGGGGGAGGAGGAGGAGGAGGAGGAGGAGGAGGAGGAGGAGGAAGGCUUGGCAGAUUAGCAGGAUUAGGUGGGUUAGGGGGACUGGGCGCCAUCGGAGGACUGGGCAGUCUGGGAGGGUUACAUAUAAAAGUAGAGCACUACGGAGAAGGGGACGAAGUACAGCUUCAGAACUCGCAAACGUCUUCAUCAGAGGAAGAGGAAGAAGAGGAGGACGACGAUGACGAUGAGGAAGAGGACGGGGGGGUGCAAGAUUGCGACAGUGCCAAUGCCGGGAGCAAGCUCCAAAAGAGGCGGAAGAGGAGGAAAGUACAGAAAUGGGACGGAUCCCGGAGUAGGAGGCUCCGUCUCUCCUCAAACACACCUAGCCCCGUUUCCAUGGGCGAUACCACACCGCUGAUUGACCCCUCACAGGCCACAGGCUCCUCCCACCUUCUCGCCUCCACUGACUCGCCAAACAGUUCAGGUGCAACGUCGUCUGUCCUGAAAAUCAAGACGGAGAUGGCAGAACCGAUUAACUUUGACAACGACAGCAGCAUCUGGAACUUCCCACCCAACAGAGAGAUUUCCAGAAACGAGUCCCCAUACAGCAUGACCUCCAAGCCGUCCGCUCCGGGGAGCCACGAGACCUUCCCCUCACCCCAGGGAGGCUCUCUCCAGGUAGCCAUCCCCGAGUCUGUCCUCACCCCUCCUGGAACCGAGGGAGGAGCAGGAGGAGUGAGGAAGCCUCCUUACAAUGGAAGCUCUGCCCCAUCCUCUGCUUCCAGCGCUGCGAGUUUAGUUCCUCCGUCCAGCGCCUCCUCUGCCGACCCCCUGUCCCCUCCACUCUCCGCCUCCCCGCGGGACAAGCAACAAGGCACUCCCACCACCUCUUCUUCAUCCUCCUCCUCCUCCUCCUCCUCGUCAACCUCUUCCUCCUCACUGCUGUACUCUGGCGACCUCGAGGCGCUACAGCGUCUGCAGGCCGGUAAUGUUGUGCUCCCGUUGGUGCACAGGGUCACGGGGACUCUGGCCUCCACCAACACGACAGCUCCCCGGGUCUACACCACCGGGACCAUCAGGUACGCACCGGCGGACGUCACCCUGGCUAUGGCGCAAGGCAACCUCCUCCCAAAUGCUGCCAUGAACUUUGUCGACAGCUCGGGGUUCGGCCUGGACCCUAAGACGCCCAUGGAGAUGCUCUACCACCACGUCCACAGGCUCAACAUGUCGGCGGCGGCAGCCGCCGGCCCUUUUGUCGGAUCUCCGGCUGCCACUGCCGGGAACGGCGCCCUGGGAGGCCAGAUGCCGACCGCGGCCAAUGUCUUCACCACAGCUGAGGGACUUUUCUCGACGCUACCGUUCCCGGUGUACAGCAACGGGAUCCACACCACGCAGACAACUCUGGAGAGGAAGGAGGAUUAACGCAAAACGUUCAAGACCGUAUUACUGUGUUUCUGGAAUCAAAGUAAAAGACUACUCACUAGUAAAAGAAGAAUGAAAGACUAUUUACUUGCUAUCUUUAAUCAACACAGCACUGUGUUUCCGAGAGGGGACAAAGGACAGGAAAGGAUGACAAAUGUACUCUAGCACUUUGAAUCUGAGCAACUGAGCUUGUGUAAUAGACAUGAAUGACCCUCAAACAUGUCCCCCUUUUCUAUCUUUUUUCUCUCUCCUCAUCCUCUUCUCCUCCUACGCUCUCUUCUUGCGAUCAGCAACUUUUUUUUUUUUCUCCUGAACAUAUGAACACACAAAAAAAAGAUUCUUUACUGUAAAGAAUUCCUUUUUUGCCUACAGAGAAUUCAUAUCGCCUGAGGACUCCGCUGGAGCCUGACGGGGAUAAUUUUUAUUAUUUGACUCGUUUCUGUUGCAUCUUUAUGAAGAUGCUGAUUGUGUGUAUUUAAAGGAGGACGGUACAGGGAUUUGUAACGGACAGAAAACUCUACGUGGCGCUCCUCCGUACGUUCCUUGAUGUGAUCAAGGCUUAAAGAACGUUUUUAAUCAGAGAAGAGGGAGCUCUCUUGCGCCCGACAAAAAGGUCUCAGAGAUAAUAAUCUUUUGAAAAAAGGUUUUUGAGGACGUUUCUCGAUUGAGGGAAUAGUUUAGAGAAUUAAUGCUGUUUUUUUUGUUUUGUUUUUUUCAUUUCUUCCUU